UGAGCCGGAGGUGACCCCGGCGCGCCCCCGGGAUGGCGGCGGCGGGGCUGAGCCGGGGCCCGCUGUUCCUGCGCUGCCGCUCCUGCGGGGAGUCGCGCCUGGCGCGGCUGCUGCGGGAGAAAUUCCCGCGGGCUUCGGCCAUCAAGGUGGUGGGCAUCUCAGGAGGCUGCGGUGACAUGUAUGAGAUCCACAUGGAGUCGGAGUUGUUCCGGGAGAAGCGCCCGGUGCAGCAGCACAGGAUGGUGACCCAGACGCUGAGCGAGGAGAUCACGCACAUGCCCGGCCUGCGCAUCUUCACCUCGGCCCCCAAGGGCUGAGCCUGCCCCGAGCUCCAGGAGGGGCCCAGGGCUGCACUCCUGGGCGUGAACCCCACCCCGUGCUGUGUGCUCAGUCCUGGGGAUGGUUGUUGUUAUUAUUAUUAUUAGCCUUGGAGCCCAAAAGGGCCCUUGAAGGAGGGUUUUGGAGCCCAUGUUCUCAGAAGGGUCCUUGCAGAGGGCUUUAUUCCCCAGCGGGAAGGGCUGAGGGGAGUGGAGAGACCUGAGGGAAAGGACUGAGGGGAGCAUACAGGGCUGAGGGAACGGGAAGGAAUAAGGGAGAGGACUGAGGGAGCGGGGAGGGCUGAGGGGAGCAGGAGAUUGAGGGA